AUGUCGUCAAUAGUAGUACCAGGGGACAAGCUUCCUAUAGAACUCCCAUCAUCAACAACCACCAAAACCAAGAUAGGUCCUGGAGUUUACAAAGAACCCAAAUCACAAAAUCUCAUCCCUUCAACCGCCGGUAUCCUCCAUAUCGAUCAAAGGACUCAACAACAACAACAGCAGCAGCUCUUAUACAUAGAAUCCAACACCAAGCGAUACAUUCCACAGAACAACGAUUUUGUAAUUGGCACAAUCACCGGAUCCAUGGGCGACUACUACAAAGUCUCCUUACAAAAUUACUCACCCCCAGUGCUAUUAUCAUUCAUGUCAUUCCCCAACGCCAGUCGCAAAAACCGACCCAAUUUGAACGUGGGACAAGUUGUAUAUGCAAGAGUAGUCAAUGAUGAUAAUGACUCGACAUUUGAAACUGAGUUGGAGUGCUUUGAUGCGUCAAAUAAUCGUGAACUGGGUGGGUUUGGAAUCUUAGAUGAUUCUGGGUUUGUUAUUGAUGAUGUUGCCAUGAAUUUUGCUCGUGAGUUGUUGUUUAAUCCUAAACUGCUCGUUUUGGAGGUAUUGGCUACUCGAGUCCAAUUUGAAAUUGCUGUGGGGAUUAAUGGCAGGAUUUGGAUAAAGUGUGGUGAGGGGUUACGUAAUGAGAAAGGAUCAGCACAACAACAACUGAAUCAAGGAGGUGGUGUCGGUGGUGGUGGUGCAAAUGGUAAUGAUGAAGACGAUGAUGCUCUAAUGAAGAGUAGAAGUGACCGCGUUGGUGAUGGCGAUGAUGCAGAAAGUAUAAGAGCUGCGAAUAUUAAAAACUUAAAAGAUACAUUGUGUGCAGUAGAUUAUUUGAGACGCUGUCAAACUAGCCCUCCAGAUGGGUUUAAGCUGCAUUUACAAGCUGCAUUUAAGAGCAAGUGA